AUGCUGCCUCCGGUGCGCGGGCUGAGCUCUUCUGUAGAUUUCGGCGGCGAGCUACUUGAGGUGGUCACUUCGCUGGCCAGCUCUGACGACAUAUUGAGACACUUCAGUCAUGACGAAGGGCCACACCACAGCAAGGCCAAGCGGCUGGGCCAGCUGAUGCAGGUCAACGUGAUCACCGCAUCGCCCGACACGCCGCUCAAGGAUGUGGAGGCGCGGCUGAAGGGCAUCGAGGGGCUGCCCGUGGUGGAUGCCGCUGGCAAGUUGGUGGGCGUGCUUUCCAGGAAGGACCUGCAGAAAGGUGGCAGCGUGGUCCAGGACGUCAUGUCUGCUCAGCCCAUCGCGAUGAAGGCCACCGACAGAGCGUCCGCCGCCGCGCACAGCAUGAUCGACCACAAGAUCCACCGCCUGCCCGUGGUGGACGACGAGGGCAAGUGUGUGGGUAUCAUCACCCGCACAGACAUCUUUUGGGCGCUGUUGACACCCGCAAAAGGCAGAGUGGGCUCCCCCGGCCUGUCCCGCGUGGUGUUUACCUCCGACUUUCGUGCCUCGGACUACCUUAUUCCCGCAUCAGCGCAGAUAGAUAGCCCGAGCUCAGAGCAGCUGCAACUGGGCAAGGUUUGCGGCCUGCUGGGGGAGCAGGCAAGCAUCCAUGUCGGGUUCAGCAGCAAGCAGUGCGGGGCAGGACAUUCAGAGGGGGAGGCAGACUCGCCACCAUCUGCCAGCACCGCUAGCAUUGACGGAGAGAGGCACUCGCCCACACGCCAGCGCCGCCGUUCCUUUGUGUGGGGCGCCGACCGCCGCUCCCCCGUCAGCAGCGCGGCAGGCGAUUCCUGCUCCCUGGGCAGUGCUGCAGCAGGCUGCGUAUCAGAUGUCAGCAUUGCUGCAAGCAGCACGACCCCAGAGUGCCUGCUGACAGACAGCCCCGCUGAGGCAGGCGGCGCAGCAGCGCUGCCCGUCGUAGCCGAGGACAGCUUUGCCACCCCCACCCAACACCUGCUCAACCACGGCGGCGGCGGCUCCUCUGCCGGCACCGCCCGCACAGGCACAGCGGGAGGUAGCCGAGGCGCGAUCCUGCAGCAGCAGUUGGAGGUGCUGGAGGCCAGGUUGCUGGCAGAGGUGGAGGCCAAGCGGUGGCUGGAGCACCGCCUGGCCCAGCAGCGCACAGAAGCGGAGCAGCAGCGGCGGGAGCUGGGGGAGCAGUACGAGGAGCAGAUGGCGGCGCUGCGCCGCGAGCUGCAGCAGGCGGCGGUCGAUGGCGGCGCCGGCGCCGACGUCCUGAGCAGAAGGCUGCUGACAGGCUCACAGCAGGUCACGCUGAGCGCCCAGGAACAGGAGGCGCUGCGGCGGCAGCUGGCCGACCAGGAUCUGCUGAUCCGUGCUUUCCAGGCCGAGAAUGAGCUGGCCGUGGCCCGCAUGAAGCAGCAGGCAGCAGAGUCGCAGCGCGCGGCGGCAGAGGCGGGGGCACAGAUGGCGGAGCUUCAGCAGCGGCUGGCGCAGGCGCAGCAGGAGCGUGAGCGCCAGCCCCCCGGCACGCCUGCCGUGGACGCGGCCCGGCUGCAGGAGCUGCUGCGCCUGCAGGCAGAGCUGGAUGGCGCACGGGCAGCGGCGGCGGAGCGCGAACGGGAGCUGCUGCAGCAGACGGAGCAUCUGGGGCUGCAGCGGGAGAAGGCGCAGCAGAUGGUCCGAGAGCUGCAGGCCGACAGCCUCCAGCAGCAAGAAGCGUGGCGGCAGCUUGCUGAGAGCGAUGGCCUCGUGCGGCAGCAGGCGCAGGUCAUAGCGCAGAUGGAGCAGCAGCUGCUGAGCCAGGGUUCCAGCACAGCUGAUGAGAGCAGCAGCCUGAGCCUGGCUGCAGGUUCCCUGCAGGCCGCUGUGCAGCGGCUGGAGGCCGAAAAUGCCUCGCUGCGCCAAGCAGUGCACAGCCUGCACAUGCGGCUGGCAGAGCAGGCGGGCGCCGCCCAGGAGGCUGCCGUCGGGGCCGGCAGCAGGAGGGGCGACUCUUCGGUGAAUGAGUUGCAGAGCAAGGUGGCGCGCCUGCAGAGCGCACUCAGGCUGAAGGAGGAGCAGCACCAGCGCCAGCUGAGGAGCUUGCGGCAGGAGCACGAGAAGCUGAGGGUGCAGGAGGGCAUCAAGGCUGCCAGCCGCUCUGGCGCUGCGCGUGUCAAAGAGCUGGAGGCACAGCUGGAGCGGGCACAAGAGGCUGCUGCCAGGAAAGUGCGCAUCCUGGAGAGCCGCCUGAAGGAGGCCAAAGCGCACGGCCGCAAGCCAGACUCAGCACCUGCAGGAGGAGGCAGCAGCAGCAGGGGCGUUGCCAGCGAUGCACAGCCAGCAGGACGGCCCACUGGCGGCACCAGCCGCCCUGCAGGCAGGGCAUCAGCAGCCCAGCAGGAGGCGCUGCAGGCGGCAACCACCCAGCUGCAGCAGAAGGAGCAGCGCAUUCGGCGGCUGGAGAGCGAGGCGGUUAGAAAGGAUGCUGAGCUGGCGGCGCUGGCCCGCCGUGCUGCGCUGGCUGACGAGCAGCUGAACGAGGCGGCCGAGCAGCAGCUGGCAACAGCUGGCGAGCUGGCUGCACUGCAGCAGGCCGUGGCAGAGGUGACCGCCGCCAACGACAGCCUGCAGGCGCAGGUCAAGCAGUUGCCUGCCCUGCGGCAGCAGCUGGCCGCAGAGGAGAAGGCGGUGCAAGAGCUGCGGCAGCAGGUGGAGCGCUUGAAAAUCACCGAAGCUGUGCUUGCGUCUCUCCAGCAAGCGCAAGAGGAGGCUGCUCAGCAGGCGGCAAGCAGGGACGCGCAGCACGCGGCGGAGCUGCGGUGCUUGCAGCAGGAGCAGGCAGGGCUGCUGGAGCAGGCGAGGCAGGCAGGGCAGGAGGCGGCGGCAGCCGAGUGGCGGCCGCAGGUGGAGAAGGCGCAGCAGGCCGCAGGAGACUUGAGGGGCAAUGUGGACAGGCUGCAGCAGGAUCUGCGCAGCGCCAGGGCGGGGCUGCCCUGGACGCCCAGUGCGGCAGAGUAUGCGGCGCUGGAGCGGCGGAUGGUGGAGGCGGAGGAAGCGGCCAAGCGGCGGGAGGCAGGAUGGCAGCGGGUGGCAGAGGACAGCAAGCGCGCCGCCGAGGCGCAGCACCACCGCCUGCAGGCGCAGCAUGAUGCUGCGUUGGCCGCCCGCGAUCGGCAGGUGGACGGCUUUCGUCGGCAGGUAGAUGGGGUCCUAGCCGCGGCCCGCCUGAUGGCAUCCAGCGCCAGGGAGAGAGAAUCGCCCGGCGCAGCGUGA